AUGAACCAGAACAUGCAACGGGCCCAAACGCAGGUCCAGCCUGUGACGGCCUAUGGCGUUCUCUCAACCCCCAACGCCGCCCAGGACGACAGCCUUGAAGACAACAAGGAGUGGGUGCUGUUCACCCCGUCGGACGCCGAAGAAGAGUCCGAAGACGACGACGACAGCGCCAGCGUAGCCACCCAGCACGCGGACCACGGAGACGGCGACGGCGACCUCAACGACGAACUCGCAGACGACCUAUUGGACUGCUACGACUCCUCGCUUUACCACUCGGCGUCCACACCGCUCAACUCCUCGUCUCUCAACUUUCCCCGACACCAGGGCGACGGCUCCUUCGUGGGCGAGUAUGGAAGCGGCAGCAGCGGACACGCCGACGCCAACGACCGCAUCCAUGCCUGGCGAAUGCAACACUCUGCGUCUGUCUACCAUGAACUGAACCAGCCCAAACGGACUGCAGGAGCCACCCCCGAGCGACGUAUCUCCUCAUGGGGUAUUCCCGAGGACGAGGUGCUUGCUACCCCAAAGGAAGAGGCGUCUUCUUCUUCCGGGGCCACAAAGCUGGGAACUUACCCUGCAGACGUUUCGGCCAUUCUGAGGCGGCCAAGCGUGCCUGUUCGUCGAGAGUCGUCCCGAAGAGAGCGGGAGAGAGAGGUGAGACGAGAUGCGCCUUACUCGCCCAGAGCUCUCUUCCACCGCAUCACACAACGGGUCAUCAGAGACUUCAUCGGCAUGAACGAAGACAUCCUCGACAUGAUUGCUGGAGAAACGUUUGUGGACGGAGAGACGGGACGACCUACGACAGCGGCAGAAUACGCAGCUAGACGGGCCGAGUCCCGUGAAGAGGCCAACGAGGCCUUUGUCAACAAGCUCACCCGAGAGCUCUAUGCGCUGGGAUACACCCACUCAGGGGCUGCUCUCAACUCUCUGUUUGCGUCCAUCCCUCACGACCGAUGGAACACCGACAUUGGAGACUUUCUCAACUACUUGCGACAGCGCGUUUGGGAAGGAGAAGGCAAUGGAGAACACAUUAGCCGGACCCGUCCUUACACACACCAUAGCCAUAGCCACCGGUCUUCGUCGAGUGCUGCGGCUGCCGAGAGCGCUGCUGGUGCCCAUGCUGCCAGUGUGAGCAUGAGUCUGGGCGCAGGCAGCAUUCGGUCUCCUCUGAGCUACAACUUUUCCAGCUCAUCUGCAUUUGAGGAGCUGGACUCGGUUUCCACUGCAAGCAACUACUGGGAGAUUAGCAGUGGAAACGGCACGGGUAGCAUGGUUGGAGCGUGGUAG